AUGUCUCUUACUAUUUAUCAACAUACUGAAAGAUUAGUUCGUGAAAAAACCAUUCAUUUAAUAGAAUAUGCAUUCGAACAAGCACCAGGAGAGCCUAAGGAUGAACAUAAAUUAUAUGUCAAAAAAAUAUGGAAUAAAGGGAAUAAAGAGAAAAAGCUAGUAAACUUAAGCAUAUUGAAGGAUUUUGAUAUAGACGGCGAUAGUGUCACGAGAUUGAUGGUCGAACUCGAACCGUUUGCACACGAAAAUGUGUUGGGUGUUUUCGGCCUAACUUUCGAUGGAAACAAUUACUAUUUUGUUCGUGAGUGCGCUAACAUGGACUUGCGCACAUAUCUUAAAAUGCGUUCAAAAAGUAAUCCUCUGAGAUGGCAUGAUAAAUUACUAUUAACAAAUGGAAUAGUUAAUGGUUUAAAGUUUCUUCAUGAUAAAGAGAUUGUCCAUUCUGAAUUGCAUGCCAAGAAUAUAGUUAUGCACAAUGAUAUUCCUAAAAUAACUAAUAUUGGAAUGCUUCAAGCCCGUGAACCUCGUGACUUUAAAUAUAGCCCUCCUGAGAUUUUGUUAUUACAGUCGAUUAACGAUAAGAAAAAGUUAAACAUUUAUAGCCUCGGAGUUUUGAUGUGGGAGAUUUCCAAUGACGGUAGAAAUCCUAAAGAACUUGAUUUUAGUUGCGGAGUAGGAAUUAUAUUGCGUGAUGAUGGUAACCCAAAAGUUAAUAAAAUUGCAUCAAGUUCUCCAGUAAUCUAUCAUCCGUUAAACCAUGAAUCACCUUGGACGGAUCUAACGAAUCUAUUUGAGAUUAAAAAUGAAAAUAAAAUGGGUCCAAAGUACGACGUUGUAAGGAUCCAUAUCCCAAUUUCAACCGUGCAAUAUGAAGCUAAACCCAAAAAUGAAUUUAUUCAAAAUAUUAGAAGUGCGCUUAAUUUGUUGGAUGAAAAUGAUAGACGAAAAGAACUGGGAAAGUGGUUUAAACAUUACGGUAAUUAUGUUGUGAAAAGAGCCACACUUGGAGGUGCUAUUACAAUUAGAAAUUGGUCAAAAGUUUCAGAUGAAAGUAAAUCAUAUUUAAAGAGUUACCUACAAUGGGGGAUUGACUAUGGAAAGGGUGCUUCUGAAAUUUUUGAAGAUGUUUCACUUGAUAGAUUGCCUCAACUUGAGGUAUCUGUUGAAAUUGAAACUAUCGGCGAUUUAUAUAACUGGUUUAAAAGUUUGUACGAUUUAAAAUUCGUUGAAAUUAUAUCUUAUGAAGAAUUCAUCCCUUCUUACGAAUUAUUGCCUCAAGACUUACAACAGCAAUUAUUUAAACUUAUUGAUUCUAUACCCACUGAAAUAUCUUGCAAACAGUUAAUUCCGAAUAUCCCUUCUCAAUAUGAUAAACAAGAUAUUUUAAAGUGGAUAGUAUUAAAUCCACCACUAAUCUUACAUAUUGGCGAUUGGGUUCGUAAUAAUGAACUGCAAUGUGAUGUAAUUUUACAACGUUCAAAUCUAAAACAUGGUAAAAAGGCAGCUUUUAAAUUUGUAAAAGAACCAAAAAUAACUGAAAUAAAUAGAGUCACAGUAUUAUUUCAACAACCUCAAACCCUUCAAGAUGCUUAUUUAUUAGAGAAUGGCGUGAUCUUAAACAAGGAUGAUGGAUUGGGAUUAGAACUUGAUAAAAUCCCUUUUUCUGAGCAUAGUUCAAUACUUAAUUAUCCUUUGGAGGACUUUAAACAUGCUAAAAAUCAAUCUUCAAAGUCAAUUUAUUGCCAAAUAAUUGUGCGUAUGGCAAAAAUUUCAUUUCGUCUUGAAGAUAUCAAGCCUCUAGAAGAAUUUUCAAAGACAGUCAAUAAUGUACUUCAAAGUAAUGAACCAUAUAAAAGUCUUUGCAAGGUGUUCGGAGAUGACUAUGGACAUUUAUUAUCAAGAACUUUCACUUUAGGUGGAAUUUUAACUAAAAAGUAUGAAUCUUAUACAGAUACGAUUUUACCACAAACAUUUGAAUAUAAUAUAAAUGACCCUCAGACACCUGAAAAAGUUGUAAAAAAAUUAAUGGAAUGGAAUAAAGAACACCCGCAUAUAGAUACUUCGUAUUUUAUUAGUGAUAGUGGCGAUUUAGUUCGUUGCAAUAAUAUUAACAAGUGGUUUAAAGAUCUUAUAAACAGACGGAAUGAUUGGAAAGUCGUUGUUUCUGAAGAUUGGGUGCCACUGUAUAAAAUAUUGAAAAAAGCGCGCUUUGAUAUAGACAAUAUUUUUUUUACGAAGUAUCAAAUUGUAUUUAAUGGUGAAGAAUCAUUGCAGAAGGAUGAACAGACUACGAUAAUCAUUAAAUUUCCCGGCUCACUUGUCAAUGAUAAGUAUCAUUGCUUUGGAACCAUAGUUAAAAGAAAUGAAGAUGGUAGUUUGGUAAAAAUUCCUAAAGUAACCGUUCGAUUUGGUUACCCUAAUAAAGAUGGUUGUGUUGCUGAUAUAUAUAAAAAUGAGAAUUGCAAUAUACGUUUAAAUAAAGUAGAUACAAAACUCCUUUGGUUCGUGCUUGCUGAUCCAAAAGGAUAUUGCAGUAAUAAGAACAGAAAUGUUAAAGUUGGAUAUGGAAGCAUUAACAUCGUUAAAGCCCAAUCUGAGAUACCUUUAAAAAGUAAAAAUCUCUCCUCAAAUUGUGUUCUAAUUACAUCAAUUGUUUCUAAAAAUGCUUUCACAAAUGAUACAAGCUUUUAUAACAUAAAACUUAAUGCUUGGACGAAAACUAAAAUUUGGUUAGAAUUAACGAAAGACCAAACUAAAGUAAAUCAACGUGUUGAUGAUGAUGGCUUUGAUGACGACAACUCGGGUGAUGAUAUAGAUAACUUUGAUUCAGACGAAAUAGAACAAUCUACUCAAGAAACUGCUAUUCUUGAAUGGUGUGUUCUUUAUACAGAUGGGAAGAUGGUUAGUGAGGCUGAUGAAUCAUUAAAAUAUCCAUGGUCAUUAUUUGGCUGUAAUCUCGAUCCAGAGCUGGAAAUUUUGGGUCAAGAUGAAAUAGACCUUUAUGAAUCAUCACCUCGAAUGUCUUUAGAAGAUGCAAUUGAACAACACGAUAAACAAAAUGGAAAUACAUUUGAGGCAUGGAAAACGUUCGUUCAUCAUGCUAGAGAAGGAAACCAUAUUGCAAAAUUCUGGAUAGGACAUUACCUACAACAUGACAUCCUUAUGGCAUCAUCAUUUAAAAGAAAAUUUUAUGAAGUUGUUGUUGACGAGUUUGCCGAUGGAACAGAUAAUUAUCUAUUGGCUGCAAUGAAAUUAUACAAACAAUCUGCAGACGCGGGCUAUCCAGAAGCCCAACUCAAAUAUGGGUUUGGCCUUUAUAAGGGUAUUGGUGUUAAUCAAAAUAAAAAGGAGGCCAUGCGGUAUUUUAAAUUAGCUGCAAAAACUAAUAACUCUACCGCAAUGUAUAAUUUAGGAGUUAGUUUGAUAUUGAGUGAAAACGAAGAAGAAGGGAGAAAAUGGAUAAUAGAUGCAGCUAGACUUGGUCAACCAAGGGCAAUUGAAUUUUGUAUUAAUGAAGAAAUUAAUUAUCAAUGA